AUGACAAAAAACACGGGCAGGGGCGUGGCCUUAUCAAAAGUUUAUGAAGGGGCGGUCCAAUCGGCGAUGCUUUGUGGCGCGCCGAUAUGGGGAGAAGGGUGUAAAGUCAAACAGGGCAGGUCUCUGUUGAGCGCGCAACGUAUCCUAGCGGUUAAAGCGGCGGCGGCCUAUCGUACCGUUUCAACUGAUGCUGCUGUUGUGUUGGGUAGAAUUCUGCCGUUUGAUUUGUUGUUGCAGGAGACGGCGAAAAGGUACCGCCUUCUCGCUAGCCGACCACGUGACAAUGAAAUCAAUGACGUACAACUUGGAAACCGGCAAAUCGAACGACGGUUCAUCAUGGAGGACAGGACUCAUCCGGCGGACCUGGACAAUUUCCGAUUCCACAACUGGGUUCGGGACGCCUUUGAGAUCGUGUACUAUACCGACGGUUCAAGACAGGAAGACGGGCGCUACCACGGCGAGACGGAGCUGCAUCGAGUGAAAUUCACACUCGCGGACAAUAGUUCUAUUUUCCAGUGCGAAUUAGUCGCACUUCGGCAAGCACUAACACAUCUACAGGGGCAAAUCGGGAUCAUCACGGAGUGUUCCAUCGUAACGGACAGCCUGUCUGUUUUGUCCGCCCUUCGCAAUAUGAAGCAACCAACCGCACUACAACACGAGACGUGGGAACUUGCAGUCAGCCUGGCGACGCAAGUUAACCUGCGUUUCCACUGA